AUGGAAUGUAUGAAAUCUGAGCUAGAUCUUUUUGCUUCAUUACCUGUACAAACAAGUAUUCUACAUUCAGAAGAAGUCGCGUACAAUCCACUAGCUUCCUUAGAAGCGUCACCUUCAACGAUAGAAUUUGUGUCGCUUGGAAAUGGAGAUACUUAUCGUGAUUUAUCUGCGACAUAUAUUAAAUUCAAAGUUCAAAUGCUAAAAAAAGAUGGAUCGCUUUGGAGCACAAGUGAUAAAAUAGGAACGGGGGCUGAUGUAAAACUUGCUCCUCAGCCUAGUGUUGUAAAUAAUUUAUUACACUCAAUGAUUAAACAAUGCACUGUAACAUUAAAUGGAAAAAAUAUAACUCCUUCUGAUUCUAUGUACAACUAUAAAGCAUAUAUAACAACUUUAUUAAAUUAUGGGACAGAUUCCAGUCAAACUCAUUUGGAAGCAUCCGGUUGGGAACUGGAUAAGCCUAAUGUUAAUGAUUCAAAUAAUUCCGGCUCUAAGUCUAGACAAAAGUUAUAUAGCAAUUCUGCAAUUGUAGAAUUAAUGGGGAAAUUGCAUGUGGAUUUCUUCAAUACACCAAAAUUACUUAUAAAUAACGUUGACAUUAGAAUAGCAUUAACAUUAGAAAAACAAGAUUUUUUUAUUUUUUUCAAUGAUACUGAUGAAAGUUAUCUGAAAAUUCUUGAAGCAACUUUAUAUAUGAAACAUUUGACAAUUAACCCAAACAUAUUGCUAGCACACAAUACAGUGCUUGAAAAAGCAAAUGCAAAAUAUCCGUAUAUUAGAAGUGAAAUUAAAACAUUUACCAUUCCGGCAAAUACAUCCAAUAUUUCAUUAGACAAUGUGUUUAUAGGACAGAUUCCAAAUGCUAUUGUAUUUUGCAUGGUAAGCAAUGAAAAUUUUAAUGGAAAAAGGUCAAAAAAUCCUUAUUAUUUUGAUCAUCAAAAUCUGACACAAUUUCAACUUUAUGUAAAUGGCGCACCAGUUCCCAAUUCACCAAUUGAAACAAGUUUCUCAACACACAAUUUCUGCAAUUCGAGGGCGUACUUAACGCUAUUCAGUGGAACAGGCAUACAUCAUUCUGACAAAGGUCAUCAAAUUUCAAAAGAGCUUUUUACAAAAGGAUACACAAUUCUUGCUUUCGAUUUAUCACCAGAUGGUUUGGGGACCGACACAUGUCAAGCACUCCUGAACCAAGGAGUUGUCAAAAUUGAAGCAAAACUUAGUUCUCCGUUAUCUUCAACAUUGACUUGCAUUGUUUUUGCUGAAUUUGAUGCAAGCAUAGAAAUUGACAAAAAUCGAAACGUCUACGUAAACAUAUAA